UUUCACCGGAAGUAAAUAACCUGUUUUCGCGCGCAGUUAAAUAGGAGCAACAAGACGUCCCCGUUGAACAAAAUGGACGAGCUUUAUUUGGAUAAUAUCGACGAAUAUGUCAACGACCAAGAUAAGAUAGUGACGUAUAAAUGGCUGAGUCUCACUCUGGGGGUCCAUGUGAACACAGCCAAACAAAUGCUCUUCCAUUAUUUGGAUCACAAGAGGAAGGAAAGCUCGGCUCGGCUCCACGCCACCUACCUGGUGUCCGGGAAGUUUGUGGACAACGGCCAAUCGAGUCACAAGGUGUCCGUUGUCAAAGAGGACCAGUUGGAAGAUUUCAAAUCCAAAAUGAGCUUGAUCGUCAGCGUCCACGUCUACAGUGUCCAGAAAGCGUUACUGAAGGACAGCGGCCCGCUCUACAGCGUCGACUACGAUGCCGUGAAGGACAAUCUGAAGGACUGCAGCAGAUACAGCGCGAUCAGCUGUGCCGACGCCGUGCCCGCGUCCUCCGGACUGCAGCAGACGAGAGAGAUCCAGCGGGCUCCGACGCCAGAGCCCGCAAACAAGAAGCUGUGCGCCAACGGAGACGCCAACGUGGCUUCCAAACCUCCCAGCAAGCCGCAGAAAGGCAUCAUGGGGAUGUUUGCAAACAAGGCCGCUCCCAAGAACCAGGACAGUGGCAAAGCCGUCGAGUCGGGGGAGAAGGAGGGCGCGCCUGUGGCCGAUGCCCCCAAAAGUAAACCAGAAGCAAAAGCCAAAUCUAUGAUGAACUUCUUUGGGAGUCAGGCAGCAAAGAAAGCAGAAAAAACGGUGACGACUGAGCAAGCAGCUCGGUCAUCAUCAUCAUCAUCAACAACAACAACAACAACAACAACAACAACAACAGCAGCAGCAGAGCAACGGCGUCCUGAAGAAAAGAAAGCUGCUGCUGCUGCUGCUGCUGCUGUGGAGCUUCCUAAAGAAGCCAAGAAAGACUCCAGGAGCAAAAGCAAGCGGCUGGUGGAUUCAGACAGCGAAGAGGAGAAGAUGGAGAAGAAAAAGAGACGAAGGAUCAAGAAGCCUGAGAGCAGCGACGAAGAUGUCAUUCCAGAUUCUCCUCAGCAGAUGGAAACCAGAGCACCUUCCCCGAGUCCCCAGAAGAAGGCGGAGCCUGUUUCUCGUUCUCAUGGGAACUCUGAGAUGAAGACGAGGAAGAGGAGACGAGUCCUCAAAUCUCAGACGUUUUUAGAUGAUGAUGGAUGCAUCGUGACCGAGAAAGGCUACGAGAGUGAAUCGUACUCAGAGGACGAGGUUCACGCCCCCAAAGCUCCAAAAGAUGUCGUCCCUGCAAAAGCAGGCGCGAGUAGCAGAGCGGACGAGAAGAGGAGUCAGAAGAAAGCGCCCCCCAGCGCGAAUAAAGGCUCCAAACAAGCGUCCAUCGUGGGGUUUUUCCAAAAGAAAUGACAUUUUCCGUUGGGACAGAAGAGCAAGGAGCGCCGCUGCCGACCCUUUGUGGUGACCUCUGGGUAAAGGUCAAAGACGCAUCGCUCGGGCGAUGGAGGACCUACUUGAACUACAUGGACAUGUCCAAACUAGAAGGACAAG